GAAAAGUCUCCAGUGUCACUCAAUUGUCACAGCGGCCGCUUUUUUGCUCCAAAAACAAUUAAAAAUCUCCUUUUUGGGGGAUUUUCACGGUGAUUUUCCAUCUGAAAAGUGUUGUUCAGUGACGUGAAAACCCCUUCAGUACUGAGAUGGAGUACGAUUUGGACACUUCCGGAGGCUUAAUGCCGGUGAUUCAGGAGUUGAUUAAGCCGCCAGAUGAGGAAGGAGGCAAGAGCAACAAGAAGACUACGCAUCCGUACUACAAGCGUCCGGGAAGGGGACACAAUCAUGAUUCCUGUGAUGCCUGCCGGGAAGGUGGAAAUCUCAUCUGUUGCGAUCGCUGUCCAUCGAGCUUCCACCUCGGUUGUCAUGACCCUCCUCUGUAUGAGGAAGACAUUCCCAGUGGGCAGUGGCUCUGUCACACUUGCCGGAUGACCCAGAAACCUGGUUCAACCAAGAGCGAUUCAGCAGAUCGCGGGAGCAAAGAUGAGGGCUCCGGGCCAGCAUCUCCAGGAGAUGCUGAGUCCAAAGAACCCAAGGAGCCCAAGGAAGCUCCUCAGAUCAAGAGGAUCUGCAAGAGGAGCACUUCCCGGACUUCGGUGUCCAGUGACUCGAGUGUCACGGAGAAAAAUAAGAAAGCCCCGGAGCUUCCAGUGAAAAAACUCACGCCGAUGGAAGAGUUAAUCCGGGCAGCUAGUAUCUUGAAUCCCAGGCAAUUUGAGCUUCCGCGGGAGAUGGAGAUGCAUCAUCAGUUCCCGGGAGAUGACAAACUGGAACCUUCGGGAUGCCAGAAGAAUGGAACUAGCAAGAAACCUCAAAGGAGAACAAAGCCUCAUGAACUAGAUCCCAAUGGAUUGGUCCCCCUUCCGGCUAGAACUUGCUUCGUCUGCCGGAAGUCCUGCAAGAGGGCGCCACUUGUGGCUUGUGACUUCUGUCCCUUGCUCUUCCACAUGGAUUGCCUGGAUCCUCCACUGGCAGCACUUCCCACGGGAGUUUGGAUGUGUCCCAAUCAUCCUGAGCACUUUGUGGACUGGAAACUGGUCCAGAGCGACUCCCACAGCGAGAGGAUCAAGCUGUGGAAUAAAUUUACAGGGCCAGUGGACCAGGAAACUGUCAAGGCUCAAUUCCUGCGGAGAGCUUACAGCCAGAAUCCACCGUUCCGGGUGAAGCUGAAAGCCAAGCCCAGGGACGUGGCUGAAAUCCCAGAGAUGAUUGUCUAUCACUAUCAGAAUCCUCCGAAGCUGCUACCAUCCCUGAGGAGUGUCAUUCGCUACGAAGUCGUCAAGAAACGGAAGCUAGAAGAGAAAGUGUCCAGGAGAAAAACCCUGGUGAUUGAUGAAGAUCUCGAGGCUCUGUCUCAGGCCAUCCGGGAGGAUGAGAAGCCUGAGGCACUGAAAGCCGAAGAAGAAAUAAAAGCCGAAAUUCCCGAGGAGGAAAUCAAGGAGGAGCCGUGUCAGGAAGCUGAAGAUGCAGAGAUUGACAGGGAAUUGGGACAUUUGGAUGGGAAUCUCAUCAAAAUGCUGGCAUAUCAGCGUCUGCAGCAGAUCAUGAGUGAGAAUCCAGAUCUCAUUGGGCGAGUGCACUACAGAAAUGUGGCCAAGUCCAUUCGUGAACUCUCCCGGACAAAUCCUCUCAAGGGAACUCCCCUGCCCAGUGAACUCCUCUCUUCCAGCGAUAUCGCCCGAAUUGCCAGUCUCUUCGAGUCUCCGCUCAAGGAGGACAAAUCCCGGAUCUGUGAAAUGAUCUAUGGCCAUCAAAUCCCAGCAGAAGUCCUCUCGGCCAGAUCCCGCCAUCCGUUGGGGCAGGAGAAAAUCCGGGCUAGAGCUGUCCUCACUCCAGUCGGCGAUAUUCUCUACAGCAUGAAGUGGAGCUCGGCUUAUUCUCUCUCCGGCGGCGUCUAUAUGCGCUACAGAAAGCUCACAAUUGGCUCAGGUCCCGGAAGUGACUUGCUCCUGGACAAUUUUGGUCGUUGCCGGCAAACUUCGCGGAAGCACGCAGUGAUCUUCUUCGAUGAUGCAACGCAGCAAUUUGAGCUGCUGAAUUACUCAGAAUUUGGCACAGAAGUCAAUGGGCAGCUCUUCUCACUGGACUUCACGGAGCAUCCGCUGACGUCGGAAGAGCAGGCGGCGAAACGCAGGAAGUCUCCGGAAUUGCCGCCGGAGGAGCCGAAAAAGAAGACAAAACGCAGGAAGAAGCACAAGAAGGAGCCAGAGAAAGAGGCUGAAAAGGGACCGAAUGAGGAGGAUAUUGAGAAUCUGGUCAGGGACGUGAUUGACAGGAAGCGUGGCAUCAAGAGGGUUCAUCUCAAAGUGGACGAUACUGCAAAGAUGUCAGCUCCUGAGCAAUAUCCCUGCAAUUGUACAAGUCGAUCUCCCUUGGUUGCUGGCUGGGAGGGAUCUGCCAUCCUCAAGCACGGCUAUCUGCUGCGCUUCGGUUGUCUGGCGUUUGUCUUCUCGAUCAUCGAGUUGGAGGCAUCAGAGGACCAGGACAGUGCAUAAAAAAAGUGUCGCUAAUACUACUGCAUGUUCAAAUGUUUUAUUCAAUUUUAGAUGAAUGUAAGAGAGAAAAAAAAACAAGAUUUUAGCUGAAAAGUUUUAAAGUGUAAAUUCCAGUGCCCAAAAUGUACGUUUAUUUUGCCAAUAAAUUCUAAAUGUGAAA